AGGGCGGUUCCGCCACAGGCAGCAAGCACCAGCCAGCCAGCCAGCAGUCGCAGUCGCAGCCCCACUUCGAGUAGAAGACAAGUCUCCACCACACAACAGUUGAACGCGUCUGAAAAAGUCCACUUGCCACUUGAAUCAAUAAGUGAAAACCAUUAAUUGAGAAUUCGUGUUCGUACUGCCAAUAAAACUUCGCUUAGAAACUAUUAUGCCAAUGUCAGUGCCUUCUUCGGACUAAAACAGUGGAAAAUCACAGCUUGGAAGAAACAAACAAUCAAACAAUAAAGUGUGAAAACUUGUUGAAGUACGUGCGAGAGUGUAUUCCCCAGUUGCAUGCAUUGCAUUGCAUCGAGUGCUGGCAACCGCUGCUCAACUUGUCGACUUUCGGCCGCCUCAACCGCUGACUAGAGGCCAAAACCCGAACAGAGGAGCAGCAGCAGGCAGGAGAGAGAUAGGAUAGGACACGACAGGACGUGGACAUGGCCAAGAGUCCUUAGCCAUGGCUGUUGAAUAAUUAAUGCAGUUUCGUUCCCUCUGCCCUCUCCACACACCCACCCACCUGGUGGCUGCACGCUGCACGGUCCACGGUGCAACGGCAAACGGAAAAACUAAUUUAUGGCAUUAAAAAUGAAUAUUUUCUAGCAGUUUUUAACAUUUGCCACAACUGCUGCUAGAGAGAGAGAGAGGCGAGAGGCAAGAGGAGCCUUGCAACUAGUAGAAGGAACCUGCCACAUCAGCAGCAGCAGCAACAGCAAACAGCAACUGCAUCUGAGUCGGAGGAUAACGCAAGGAUAAUUCGCCAUCUCAUUGCCCGCGAAAUGGAUUUCCUAUGGAUAAACCCUGCCAGAUCAAUGACAUGGCGACCAUUGGUGACAUAUCAUCGAUGAUAAUCUCACCGCCGACGUCUUCCAUUUCGAACGAUCAAGAUCCGUUUGGACAGCUGCCACCGCUACCACCGCCACUGCGUUCCACCCAAGUGCUGCAGCCAUUGAGCGUAUUUCCAGUGUCCAAUUUGAGCGAAGAUUCCUACGAUUAUGUGUUUGGUGGUCGACGUAAGAAUCCGCCCUCAACAACGUCACAACAACUCAAGCUGACAUCACCGCCAGUACGAUUGCGACCAGAAGACGCCUAUCGUGGUGGUGCAGAGAAUAUACAAAACAACGGCCGUUUUUAUCGUCAUUCGUUUAGCUAUGCCCCCAAGCGGCAGCGCCACACCUCCUCCUCGAGUCGGGAUGAUCGUGAUCGUGAAUCGAGAUUGAGAUGUCAUGGAGAGGACGAGGCCACAUUGCGCCAAUUGCUGCUCGAUUUGCAAAAGCAAGUUAGCGUGAUGAGCAUGAAUCUAUCAGCGAAACUCGAUGAGCUGCAGCGAGGCGAUCGACACCUGGAGACGACAGUCGCCUUGUGCGAAAUUCGCACCCAGCUCCAAGAGCUGACCAAAUCCGUAGAGUCCUGCCAGAGUGAAGUCUCAGAGGUCAAACGUGAUAUGGUGGCCAUCAAACAUGAACUGGACACCGUGCAGCAGGUGAAGGAGGAGAUUGAGGAGCUGCGCGAAUAUGUCGACAGACUGGAGGAGCACACACACCGACGGAAGCUAAGACUUUUAGAACAAGGUCUCACCUUCUUCCUCACGUACUCGAUCUUCUCGGCGGUGCUUGGCAUGCUGCAGUUCGGCUACAAUACCGGCGUCAUCAAUGCCCCGGAGAAGAAUAUCGAGAAUUUCAUGAAGGAUGUGUACAAGGAUCGCUAUGGCGAGGACAUUAGCGAGGAGUUCAUCCAGCAGCUGUACUCGGUGGCAGUCUCCAUAUUUGCCAUUGGCGGCAUGCUCGGCGGUUUCAGUGGCGGCUGGAUGGCCAAUCGUUUUGGCAGAAAAGGCGGCCUACUGUUGAACAAUGUGCUUGGAAUAUCGGGUGCUUGUUUGAUGGGUUUUACCAAAGUUAGUCAUUCCUAUGAAAUGUUAUUCCUUGGCCGAUUUAUAAUUGGCGUUAAUUGUGGCCUCAAUACAUCUCUAGUGCCGAUGUACAUCUCGGAGAUAGCGCCACUGAAUCUACGCGGUGGCUUAGGUACUGUUAAUCAAUUGGCUGUGACUGUAGGUUUACUAUUAUCCCAAGUCCUGGGAAUCGAGCAGAUACUCGGCACCAACGAGGGCUGGCCCAUCCUCCUUGGCCUGGCCAUAUGUCCAGCAAUAUUGCAACUCAUUUUACUGCCCGUCUGCCCAGAGUCGCCACGAUAUUUGCUGAUUACCAAGCAAUGGGAGGAAGAGGCACGAAAAGCUCUUCGACGGCUGCGCGCUUCUGGCUCCGUCGAAGAGGACAUUGAGGAGAUGCGCGCCGAGGAGCGUGCCCAGCAGGCCGAGAGCCAUAUAUCCACCAUGGAGCUCAUCUGUUCGCCCACCCUGCGUCCCCCAUUGAUCAUUGGCAUUGUGAUGCAGCUGAGUCAGCAAUUCAGUGGCAUCAACGCCGUCUUCUACUACUCCACGUCGCUGUUCAUGAGCUCGGGCUUGACGGAGGAGAGCGCCAAAUUUGCCACGAUAGGCAUAGGCGCUAUAAUGGUUGUAAUGACACUGGUGUCCAUUCCACUGAUGGAUCGCACGGGUCGUAGGACUCUCCACUUGUACGGCCUUGGGGGCAUGUUCAUCUUCUCCAUAUUCAUAACGAUUUCGUUCUUGAUUAAGGAGUUUUUUGGUUACGUACAGGAAAUGAUCGACUGGAUGUCCUACCUAUCGGUUGUGGCCACCCUCGGAUUUGUGGUCUUCUUUGCCGUUGGCCCCGGAUCCAUACCCUGGAUGAUCACCGCAGAGCUCUUCUCCCAGGGACCCCGACCCAGUGCCAUGGCCAUUGCGGUGCUAGUGAAUUGGAUGGCCAACUUUGUGGUUGGCAUUGGUUUCCCCAGCAUGAAGACUGCUUUGGAGAACUAUACGUUCUUGCCGUUUAGCGUGUUCUUGGCCAUCUUCUGGAUAUUCACGUACAAAAAGGUGCCCGAGACGAAGAACAAGACCUUCGAGGAGAUACUCGCCCUCUUCAGGCACAACAAUGGCAGGAGUAUGCUAAACUGCACAAAUAGCUUGGAGCCACAAUCAAUGAAUUCUGGCAUCGAGCAUGCCGCCUUGAUGGUAUCCGAGGAGAAGACCCAACAUGACUCACCUGCUUCCGAGCGAUUUUUAGACGGCGGCCGAAGUACACACCAGGGCCGGAGCGGUGCCUCUGCGCCCCAUCACCUUCGUCAGCAAGCACCUGUCUGCCCGAACAGCGGGCCUUGACUGAGGAACGCCUCACCUCCUGAAACUGCCAGUGUUCGGUCCGUGAGUCGCGCUGAUGAGAUGCCAAUGUCCAUGCAGAAGCAGCAACAGCAGUCGCAUCACCAGUCCCGAUAUGCCACACACGAAUACGUACAUUGUAGCCAUGAGAAGGAUGUUGUGUGUGAUCAAGCAGCCCCCUCGCAGCAGCAGCAGCCACAACAGAUGCCACAGCAACAGCAGCAGCCACCAGCGCACAGUCAUAGCCACAAGCCGAAUCACGAGCCGAAUCAGGAGACGGUCUCCAUCCUAUCACACUGCCACCAAAUGCAGCAGCAGCAGCCAGUACAACCACUGCAGAACCAGCCACGCAAGCCACACAGCCACAGUCCGCAUCAUAGUCGCCAUACCUCACCGCACAGCCAUCACUCACAUCAUCAUCAUUACCGUAGACGUCGUCGCCAGGGCAGCGGCAGUCUGCCAGGAGCUCACACGCAUCACUCGGGGCACCACUCGGUGGCAGGCACCAGCACGCGCCAUGGCGGUGUCUGCGCUGCCAGUCGUCGCCAUCGCUCUGUCACGGAUGUGUCCACCAAUUCCUGCCAGGAUCCCAGCUGCGCGGAUCGUGAGGUGCAGGAGAUUAUGGUGCGCAAGUCCUGCUGCACCUCCUCCUCGCGCACCGAGCUGGCCCAGUUCUUCGCCGAGGAUCUGUAUGGCUCCUCCUCGAGACGCCCCAGCAGCUGCUGCACCAGCUCCGACUACUGCUACCAGACAGACUCGACGAGUCUCUACGGCUCCAGGUCCUCGCUCAGCCGCAACAACUCCAUCAAGUCAGCCUCCGCAGCCAUGCGGAAGCAGCAGCGCCUGCAGCAUCGCCAGCCCAGCUACACCUCCAUCUCCUUGCGGGGAUUGAACGCCAGUCAUCCGAACAGUCAACUGGGAUCUCUCACCUCCAUCUUCGACAGGGCCAAGCAGAUGGCGGCGGAGCUUAAACCCGGAGAGGAUGCGGCAGGCUCUACGCUGGAGAGGCAGAGCUCCAAGGGAGCUUUGAGCAACGAUCUGCCGGAGUAUGCCUGCUCGCCUUCACCCAUCCGCUGGAGUUUCCUGGCCGACGGCAAGUCGCCAACGGACUUUGAGGGCGCCGUGGGAGGAGGAGAGGAGGAGAAGCUGGAUGCCUGGCAGGUGCCCGAGCCAGAGCCCGAGAAGAAGCCCUGCAGGAAGAUUACCAGCGCAGAGACGGCCUGCUGGAAGAGUGGCUCCGUGUACGAUGAGGGUCCCAGUACCUCGGCAGCGGCUGCAGCCCGGAAGCGGCGCGGCAGCAGCUACCACUGCGAGUUCGAGGAGGAGUCCACGACGGUGCUCUUCCACCAGGACCCAGGGGAAUCGUUCAACAACUGCUGCAACAACUACAUUCAGUGCAACAGCUACCUGGACCAGGACCUGCAGAUCACCAGCGAGGACAUCCAUCAGUAUUUGUCCAAGGGUGAUCCCACGGCCACGGAUGUACUCAACAACUCGAAGAACUAUCCCUUCCAGCCGAGCAAUGCGCUGGAGUUUCAGUACAAGAACAACUUCCAGCAGGGUGGCGGAGGCAUCGGCGGCGGUAACAACAACAACACAAAUACCACAAACACAGCCUCCAGCGAUGCGGGGGAGUGCUUCCAGAGCUACAGGGCCAGCUCCAAGGAGACGAAUCUCAACCAAACAACGACGACAACAGCGACGGCAACGACUGGCACCUCAACGGAGCCAAUGUCCCCGACAAACAUCAACCUGUCGACGAGCUCGAACAACAUCAAUAUCGUGUUUAGCAGCAGCCUCGAGCGCAACGCCAACGAAGUGAAGUUCAUCAACAACCGAAGUGGAGGAGGAGGCUCCACCACAGACGAGAGUGGAAUGGUGGGUUGCGAGGGACAUCAUGCGGGAUAUCUGCCGUACACUUACCCCAGCUAUGACUACACCAACAUGUCGGGCAACUCGCACUUUGAGAAGUCCCUGGGGAUCGAUGAGCUGCCCAAGGAGUUCAGCGGCUGCCAAGUGGAUGCCUCUACGACCAGCGAGCAUUCAUCGUCGCUGCCAUCGCCACAGCCGCUCUACCAUCACCACCAUCAUCAGCAGCAACAGCAGCAGUUCCAUCACUUCGAGUCCUUUGAUGCUGCCUCGGAGCACAAUCUGCUGUCGCAGCCCAUGUCCCCGAGUUCGCCGCUGUCGGGUUCGGUCAAUCCCGCUGGCGACGACGACUUUGUUCAAAUGCAUCACUAUCACGCCUCCAGCACGCAUUCGCAUGCCCAUCACCACUCGCAAACGCAAUCGCACCCGCAAACGCAAUCGCACCACAGUCACGCCCAUGCUCACACCCACGCCGCCCAUGGUCAUGGCCACCCAACAAUGUUGCCACAGCAGGGAGCACAUGCCACGCGCUACGGCGACCCCCUGGCCGGGACGGGGGUCUUGAAGAGAGUGCGCAAGCGAGCACGCAACUUCCUGCGGAAGAAGUAAGAGAGUGAUCCAUCGUCCCAUCCCAUAGAUUCGCCUUACUUUGGACGAAAGUAUCUGGUGGUCUCGAAGUCUCCACAGACACCCCCACGACAGCAGCAGCAACUGGAGCGGCGGACGCAGAGCCUGGACGAGGACUGAGAUGAUAGUGGGACAGUGGGGCAGUGGCUGUACAUCAGCAUCGCCCUGGCGGCCAUCAUCAUCAUCAUCGCGACAAGCAAUAACUGAAUAAUCCCCACAGACUGGUUGCAGAAACCCCUGUGGAUAUAUCUUUUAAAUUUAAUUACAAUUUUUACACUGCCAAAAAUGAGAAAUGAGAAAACGAAAGAAAGUUAAGGUUAAUUUUGUGCUAAGCCAAACAAGAACUCUGUUGCCAGCGAGUCAAAUCACAGACACACCACAAAAUGCACUCCACAAGCAAAAA